AUGCAGAGGAGACCCAUGUGCUUCACUACAUUUUUAAGGGCAGAACCUUUAUACGAUAUUCAUACUAACGUGUUUCUUUUCUUCAACUCCAUUUUUCAUUUCCAAAAAGUAUUAAAACUAAAACUAGUAUGAACAAGGUAACAAGGAACCUAGACGUGACCGGGGGGGUCACGUCCGUCCAGCCGGCCGGACGGACGGCACGUGACCGGGGGUCGGUCGUGGUCGAGGUGGCUGCUGUGGGCCGCGAACCCAGGCGACUAAAAAAAGGGUCAUGAGCUCGGCACUUCACUGAAGAACUGCCUCUCUUCGUCACGCUCCGCCCCCGGUCACGCGGCCGGGGGCUGUCAGCUAGCUCAAAAAAAAGGUCAUGAGUUCGGUCUUUCACGGAAAAAGGCGCGGCUCGUGCCCCUGGUCCGCCGUCGGUGACGCGCCGGCCGGGGGCUUCUAGCUACUGUGGGCCACAGUUCAGGAGCGCCGAACUCGCCCCGAGGCCGGACUGCCCCCGGUCACGUGCCGUCCGUCCGGCCGGACGGACGGACGUGACCCCCCCGGUCACGUCCAACUUCCUUGUUGCCCUGUUCUAUAACCACGACCAGAUCGAUGACGCGCUGGUGGUGGCUAUGCACUUUGCAUAGCAAGGCUUGCCGGUUGGCGGUCGAGCCAGCACAUGUAUGAUCAAGCUGAUCCCCACUACAGCUCUUAUGCGGCUUACCUACUUUUUACUUUAUGAAUGCUUUUUACCAAGUAUAGGAAGUGAUUGUUUCGAG